UUUCUGCAAUCUACAAGUGAGCUCAUACAGCCACCGGACGGGUAGGAGUAGGGCUCAUGCUCGCUGGUGCUUUCCCUAAUGUCCCGUUUCUUUCAAUCAGCACGAAACGAAAAACUCUCCCGAUACACAGUUGCUUUCCCUUCCCCCACCAUCGCCGGAUUACCGAAUCUCUACCGGCGCUCAGUUUCAACUUCCGGUACCGACUAGUUCAUAAUCCGCCUUCGAGGUUUGCUCGCAUGGCGUCGCUGUUGAGCUCCACCGCAUUGCCAAGUAACUUGACGGAGCUGAGGGACGAGGCCGAUUUUGAGUCUAUCUUAACGCCCGAAGGCCACCUUUCCGUCUGCGGUUUUGGUUCGCUUCUUUCCGAGAGGAGCGCAAGGAGUACUUUCCCCAAUUUUAAGAACUUCCGCGUGGCGUUUCUUCCCGGAUUUAGGCGCGUUUUCGCUCAUAUAGCUCCCAUCUUUUACGAGCGCGGUAUCGCAAAAGAAGAAACUAAGGAAGUUUCAAGCUUGAGCGUUGAGCCCUGGGAAGGAGAAGGUCUUAUUGUUACCGUGUUUGAGAUUGAGAGAUCGGAGAUCCCUUCUUUUAUAGAGAGGGAGAAUGAGUUCCGCUUUUUAGCUAUUGUUCCAGAGGACUUGGCUGGUGCCCCUUUUACUAACUCUGCUGUGGUUUGUGCAUGUUAUAGUGAUGAGGAGUACUUUCAGAUCAGAUGCAAAGGUAAUAAAGAUAUUUACUUUCAGAAUUAUGGAAGGUAUAACAUCCAUAAGAUAUGGAGGGAUGAUGUCUUACCUUGUCGUGUUUAUCUUAGACAUUGUGUCCUGGCAGCCAAAAAUCUUGGAGAAGCAGCCUAUGAUAAUUUCUUAGAUCACACAUUUCUCAGCGAUCGCAAGACAACUAUCCGUGAAUAUUUGUCCUCAACCGGGUCAGGUAUCAUGCAAGAGAUACCUCCAGAAGCACUAAAGAGCCGCUAUGGAGGAUGAGAAUUUGUAGCAAAAGAUGCUUUUACAUAUCUCAUAUAUAAACUUUCAUAUUUACAUAUAUAGCCUUUUGGCGCUUUAAAUUUAAGCAUGAAAAGGUUCGUCUCGCUUUAAAAAAAAUGAUAAUGGUGCUAUUUUUGAUGUGAUAUGAAAAAAUUGAGUGCUAUGUGUGUAAAUAUAAAAAGUGUAGGUGUGAGAUAUGUAAACUAGAGCUAAAUGCUGCUUAUGGCACCAAGUAGCCUGUGGAUUUAUUUUCAAGUUUCUAAACUUUUCGUAAGUAGUCUGAACUUUGAUCAUUAGAACCUGGAGUGGCUCCGUUGUAAGCCAAGGAAAGCUUAACAGGGCUGUAUUUGACAUUAGUAGGAUUGUUGGCUAUUUGUAGUAAGAUUACAGACGUGAAUUUAUCCUUUCCUAUACAAAAUUUAAAUCCGUUUAU